AUUCAGUAAUUCCUCUGUUGCUUGCGUGCGGAACGCUAACAAGUCAGUGACAAUAAGACAGCCCUUUCCCCUCCCCUUUUAGCAGAUAGUGAUUAGGUGCUACCUGACUCUGUCAACUAGAGCAUAGUACAGAAUAGAGACAUUGAAGAGGUGGACACAAGGUUCUUCAUCCUGAUAUAACCCAUUGGACAUACAGUCAUUAAUUGCCAUGGACAAGACAGUACAGUCCUUCCAGAUGCCUGGCCCUGUCGUCACCUUCCAGAACCUCUGCUACUGCGUUGAAGAAUGUAGAGGCCCAUGCAGAAGGAAAGGACCGGAAAAGGAGAUUCUUAAGGAUGUCAGUGGAAUCAUGAGACCUGGAAUAAAUGCCAUUAUGGGCCCCACAGGCAGCGGAAAAACCUCGUUGCUUGAUGUCAUUGCAGGCCGGAAAAAUCCUACAGGCUUGCGCUCUGGCCAGGUGCUAGUGGAUGGCAAGCCUGUGACAUCUGACCUGAGACUUAGCUCAGCAUAUGUGGUUCAGGAUGAUAUUCUGAUGGGGACUCUGACAGUCAGAGAAAACCUCACCUUCUCAGCAAACCUGCGUCUGUCUCGCAAGCAGUACUCUUCCUUAGACAAGGAACAGAAAGUCAACAAUGUCAUUAAAGAGCUGGGUCUCCAGGACUGUGCAGACACCAAGAUCGGGACGGAGUUUUUGCGGGGCGUGUCAGGCGGGGAGAGGAAGAGGUGUAGUGUUGGCAUGGAGCUCAUCACCUCUCCCUCCCUCCUCUUCCUCGACGAGCCAACCACUGGUCUGGAUGCCAACACCGCCAACUCUAUCAUCUCCCUACUGCACAGUCUAUCCAGGAAGGGGAAGACAGUCAUCUUCUCUAUCCACCAGCCAAGAUAUUCUAUUUUCCGGCAGUUUGAUCACCUCACCCUCAUGAACAAGGGAGAGAUCAUCUACGCUGGGGCUGCAAGCCAAGCUAUGGAUUACUUUGAGGAAAUGGGGUACCAGCGUGAGGAAUUUAACAAUCCUGCUGACUUCUUCCUGGACAUUAUAAAUGGAGACAUCGUCCCCACUCUGGACUUCAGAAAUGCAGGGCAGGCAGAGAGGAACCCUCUGGCCCUGCAGUACAGGCAGUCGGUGUACUGCAAUCAGGUGAUGGAGCAGCUGAAGCAGCUGUCGGGGGUGGUGGAUCCAUCUGUCUCUUCCAUCCAGGAGAAGGCCUCCUAUGUAACGCCCUUCCACUACCAGCUUAUGGUGUUAGUUGGCCGUACUGUGAAGAACACAUUGAGGAACCCACAGACCUCUUAUGCACAAAUGGCUCUGAACAUCACCUUUGCUGUUCUGGUGGGACUCAUCUACUAUCAGAUUCCCAAAACUCUGCCUGAGGCCCUGCAGAACAGGAUUGGAGCAUUCUUCUUUCUCAUCAUCAACAUGGUAUUUGGCAACUUGUCGGCAGUUGAACUCUUCAUCAAUGAGAGAGCACUCUUUAUCCAUGAGAACUCCAGUGGUUACUACCGCACAUCUGUCUACUUCCUGUCCAAGGUCUUUGCAGAUCUCCUGCCAAAUCGUAUCCUCCCAAUCUUCAUCUUCUCCAGUAUUUCCUACUACAUGAUGGGUUUGAAACCGAAUGCGGACGCAUUCUUCCUGUUUGCCCUAACCAUGUGUCUUGUCAGCUUGGCAGCCGUCGCUCUGGCCUUUCUGGUCAGCGCCAGCGUGGCAUCCUUCGCAAUGGCAAACAUUCUUAUUGCCCUGCCAUACGUCUUCAUGAUGGUUUUUGGUGGCUUCUUGGUGAAUCUGAACUCUAUGCUUAGUUGGUUAUCUUGGCUGAAGUGGGCUAGCAUUUUCCGCUAUGGUUUAGAGGCAGUGACUAUAAAUGAGAUGAAGGGGCAAGUGUUUUCCAUGGGUAACAUCACUUUAACAGGAGAGAUGUACCUGAAGGCUCAGGGCAUUGACUACAGUCUGUGGGGAUUCUGGCAGAACCAAGUGGCUCUGUUUGGCAUCAUGUUUGUGUGCAUGGUGCUGGCAUAUGUCCAAUUGCGCAGGAUCAACCGCUGGAAGUGAAGGGCAUCAGGAAUUAGGAUGUGAAGGUUUGGGGGGGAGCAGACACUUUAUCAACCGGACACUGCAUCUGUUACUGCCUAGUGUAACACAAAAAGCUUCUGUUCCUUUUAAUCCACACACAUUUUGUUCUCAUGGCCAAACACCCUCUGAUUUUCAGCUCUGCUUCAUCCAACUCAAUGUACAUCCUUCCAAUACCCAGCAAUUAAUUUCUGUCCCCUAUAGGGGACAUGAGUCUCUGGUCUUAAUCUCAAGAACCAUAUAUUCUACUACGCCAAAACUGACAUUCAAUAAAAAUAAAAGAAACAAUAUUUUUGAAAAUGUGUUUUUCAAAAUCCAAGGCACUUGUAUUAUGUCAAACAAAAAAAAAUCAUUAAAUAAAAUUUUUCUGUUGGGUCUCAGAAGGCUUAACUAUACCCUGUGUUCAGCUCCAGAAGGUUAUCCAUUGUGCUAUUCAGGUUAAAGGAAAAUUUUUAAAAUAGCUUUUUUUUGUCUUUUUGAAAAUGCAUAUUUUGGGGAUUUUUUUUAUAUGAAUGUGUUAAAAUUUCACUCCAAUGAUAAAUAUAUGAACAUCACACGUUGAAUUAAGGAGUUUUGUCAGUAUUAAGCAUUUCCAUUCUGUAUUAAUUUUAAUUUUGCUCCAAGUGCCUAGAUCAGGGGACCAGGGAUUGCCAUUCUCUGUGAAGCUCGCUAACUCCAGCGGUUGCCUGAGGUAUUGCAGUUUAGUAAGCCUCUGGUUCCAAAAACCAAAUCUCUCAUAUGAAGUCCAUUCAAAACUACAAAUUUACUAUGCUAUUUUAGACAGCACAUUUAAAUAAUAAAAUUUCUUCACACCGGACUACUCUCCUGGGACCGAAUGGUUUAAGCAAUUUCUGAGCCCCACAGAAGAUAAGAUUAUUUUCAUUUCUUUUUGGUCUGCAUCACAGCACAUUAAUGAACAUGAGGCUUUGGAUCCUUCACAUUUAGGUACCCAGUGUGCAUGCUCUGGUGCCAAAAAGGCCCAUAGUCAAACAUGGCAACCUCCAUGAACUGGCUUCAUGCGCCAAUGAGCAGCUAGCAUAGGAAUCCAAGGAACUGGUAAGCAGAAGCUGUCUACAGUUCUUGUAUAUCUGGAUGGCCCAGAUACUUCCAUAUAAAGACCUUGUGGGUAGCAUGAUGUCAUUAUGUAAUACAACUUAAUUGAAAACAGAGGACUGCACACUUGGAUAAUGGUCACACAUUCUAAAAUAGAGUAGACAAGGCAUUUGUGGCUAGGGCUCCAAGUUUAUUUAAUAAUUUUGUCAGAUUUUAUCAGGACCUCUGACCUCUUAUUUCAUGAUUUUAUGCGUGUUUUUUGUGUAAAGCUGUAUGUACACCAUGUAAGAAAAGGAUGGUAUAAAUAAAGUUGUUUCUGAAAUAAGAA